UAUUCAGCGCUCGCUCUACAACCGGAGUGAACGGGUCCCCCUCUUUUCUCGUCAGCAUAACGGAUUUAAUCGGCUCUCAGUCAGACGCCGCGUUUCGUUUCUGUCCGCGACCCCCAGCGCCCAGUUGGUUUCGGUUGGGGAGGCUACCGAGACCGAACGUGCCCUAACCAUGGUGCACAACUAGUUUAGUUUGGAGCUUCGUUGUCGGACGAAGAGUCCGCGACUCACUUUUCUUCCAUCGAAAGAGGCGAGCUUGUAGUUUUCUUUUUUUUCUUUCUUUUUUUUGUAAGGGGUCUGCGUCUUCUGGUUUGUAACAAACGGCCAUCCCCGUUUUACGGUGCCCCAGUCCUCCGCCUGAAAACGACUCUUCUUUCCCCCCGGCUGGAUUACAACCUCUUCCCCGUCAGUGCACAAUGAAUUCGGAUAUAAACAUGUACCUUGGCCGGGAGAAAGCGGGUCUGAUGCGCAAAAGAGCUCUGCUGCUGAGGAAAGGCUGCAGUUUCGAAAUAACAAGCUCUGCGUCAGAGGACCUCGGCUGCAGGAGAGGGGAGUUCAGCCGGAAACACUACGGAUCCGUGGAGCUGCUGAUCUCCAGUGAUGCAGAUGGAGCCAUUCAGAGAGCAGGACGCUUCCGGGUGGAGAACGGCUCAUCUGAUGAAGCUACGGACUACACCCCGGGAACCUGGAGAAGGACCGACGUCCAUCUGGAGAAUCCGGAAUACCACACCAGAUGGUUCUUCAAGUACUUCCUGGGAAAAGUGCACCAGAACUACGUGGGGAUGGACGCAGAGAAGAACCCUUUCUUCCUGUCCGUGGUUCUGUCGGACCAGAACAACCAGCGCGUUCCACAAUACCGGGCCAUCCUCUGGCGCAAGACGGGUACUCUGAAGAUAAGCCUACCUUACAGUCCCACCAAAACACUAUCAGUCAAAUCCAUCUUAAGUGCCAUGAACCUUGAUCGAUUUGAAAAAGGCCCCAGAGAGAUCCUCAACCCGGACAUUCAGAAGGAUCUGUUGGUGUUGGAAGAGCAGGAGGGGUCAGUGAAUUUCAAAUUCGGCGUUCUCUUUGCCAAAGAUGGCCAGCUGACGGAUGAUGAGAUGUUCAGCAAUGAGACGGGUAGCGAGGGCUUCGAGAAGUUCCUCAACCUCCUGGGAGACACCAUCUGCCUCCAGGGCUGGGCUGGGUACAGGGGAGGCCUGGACACCAAGAAUGACACUACGGGCAUGAACUCCAUCUACACGGUGUACCAGGGCCACGAGCUCAUGUUCCACGUCUCCACCAUGCUCCCAUACUCCAAGGAGAACAAGCAGCAGGUGGAGCGGAAAAGACACAUCGGGAACGACAUCGUCACCAUAGUAUUCCAGGAGGGAGAUGAUGCCACUCCAUCAUUCAAGCCCUCCAUGAUCCGAUCCCAUUUCACACAUAUAUUUGCCUUAGUCCGAUAUAAUAGCCAGAAUGACAGCUACAGGUUGAAGAUUUUCUCGGAGGAGAGUGUGCCUCUGUUUGGACCUCCCCUCCCCUCACCACCAGUGUUUACAGACCACCAGGAAUUCAGGGACUUUUUGUUAGUCAAACUGAUAAACGGAGAGAAAGCCACAUUGGAGACGCCCACCUUUGCCCAGAAGCGUCAGCGUACUCUAGACAUGCUCAUACGCUCCCUCUACCAGGACCUCAUGCCAGACCUGCACAAGGUUCCCUUCUCUCCCCAGAACAUGCUGAAUCGCCGCUCUUUCAGUGACGUUCUGCCCGAGUCGCCCAAAUCAGCGCGCAAGAAAGAGGAGGCCAGACAGGCUGAGUUUGUACGGGUGGGCCAGGCCCUGAAGCUGAAGACUAUUGUGCGUGGAGACGCUCCCACCAGCCUUGUUACUACAGGACUCUGCAGGAAAGAGCCAUGGGAGUCGCAGUCCUACUGCAGUAGUUUCCCCUAUGAGAUCGUCUGUGGAGACUCGUGGGGUCAAUCAUUAAUGGUUGCCACUGACAACGCUGGUGUCAUGUUACUGGAAGCUCCGGAUCCUCUGUUCUCCAAUAGCGAUUCGCCAGUGCUGCCGCCGGUGCAUGUGUUUGACAAGAGCAUGAGCGUCAAACAGAUCCACGUGCUGGAGCCCCAGGACCUGCUGAUCAUCCGCGCCGACAAAGGUGUGUGGAAGGAUGCGCGUCUGUACGUGUUCAGACUGAGCGUGCUCAGACGAGGCCUUGAGGAGAGACAGCUGGUCCGAGGGAAGUGCGACUGCCGAGAGAACAAGCUGGAGAAAACCAAAGGCUGCCACCUCUACUCCAUCAACACUCACCACGGAGCGGAGCUGCGCAUCAUCGCUGCCAUCCGGAACAAGCUGCUGCUCAUCACCCGGAAGCAGGCCAGGCUCGGCCCGGACGUGCUGGCCGCCUUCGCCCCCGCAGGACACACACACGCCGCAGAGUCACCCGUGGAGGAGUUCCAGUACAUCAGGGAGAUCUGCCUGUGUGACUCUCCUGUUGUCAUGGCGUUGGUUGAUGGGCCGACAGGAGAAAAUGACAACAUGAUCUGCGUCGGGUACAAACAUCAGUUUGACCUGAUCAAUGAGAGCACAGGAGAUGCCUACCGACUCCACCACAUAGAGUCUAACAGAGUGAACUUCGUGGCAGCCAUAGAUGUGUAUGAGGAUGGGGAGGCUGGACUCCUGCUGUGUUAUAACAAUAUCUGCUCCUAUAAGAAGGUGUGUCCAUUCAACGGGGCCACGCCCAUGAUCCAACCCAGCGCUUCAGACUUUCACUUCAGCUGGAACCAGAUGCCCAACGCCAUAGUGUGUGCGUUCCCGUACAUCCUGGCCUUCACUAUCGACUCCAUCGAGAUCCGUCUGGUCGUCAACGGCAACCUGGUGUACACGGCAGUGGUCCCGGAGCUCCAGCUGACCGCAUCCAGGUCUGAUAUCUACUUUGUGUCGUCUGCGCCGGUGACGUCGGCGUCCAACUGCAGCUCCAGAGACACCAGCUCCCAGAGCUCCCCCCAGACCCCCACCGGAUACGAGAUGCCCGUCUUCCCCUCGCCCCUCGGAGAUGAUUGUAUUCGGAUUCCUUACGGCACCAAGCUGUCCCACUACAUGUCUAAGGACUCAGAAGGUGAAGCCCAGUCCAAACACAUCUAUAAGAUCCCUUUGAGUAACUUGGUGGGGCGGAGCAUUGAGAGGCCCCUCAAGUCCCCAUUGGUCAAUAAGGUGGUGACAGCGCCGGUCCCCAGUGUGAUAAACCCCGCCCCCCUCAUCCCGUCCACGCCUUCCCUCUCUCUGUCCCGCAUGGAGAUCAAGGAGAUCGCCAGUCGCACCCGCAAGGAGCUGCUGGGUUUAACAGAGGAGCCCAGCAGUAAGUCUGAGAGCAGCUCGGUGAAGCAGAGGAAGAUGAGCAGGAAACCAACUGAGGAAGAGCAGAAGAGAACAAGCAGCACUACUGUUGAGCGGGCGGAGCUUGGGGACGGCGAAUCAGACGUCCAGAUCCACUGCACCAGUGGCCCGGAGGCGGGCCCAGCAGAGGCCCCUCCCCUCACGCACCCCUUCGUCCUCGCCACGUCGUUCGAGGAGGACGUGCUCGACCUGAAGUGAUGACAAUCCCACAAUGCACCUCUCCCCCACCCAGCCACGCCCCCUUUCUGCUGUGUUGACGUUGUUUUGUUUGUUUGUUCAUUUGUUGUUGUUGUUACAUUCAAGUUCGGUUCCUCGCCGCUGUGGUAGCCGUUAUAGAGCUCAGAUCCUGGGGUGCAGGGGGUGGGUAUGAUGUCAAAAUGGUAGAAUCAAUAGGGUGGCGUGUGUGUGUGUGUGUGUGUGUUUUUGGCUGUGUGAAUGGGUGGAAGAAUGUGCUUCUGUGUAUGGGUGCAUGGGUGUGCAUUCUUAUGUUUUUAUCUGUGUGUCUCUGUACGUGUGUGUGUGUGUGUGUGUGUGUGUGUGUGUGUGUGUGUGUGUGUGUGUGUCUAUGGCUGUGUGAAUGGGUGGAAUAAUGUGCUUCUGUGUAUGGGUGCAUGGGUGUGCAUUCUUAUGUUUUUAUCUGUGUGUCUCUGUACGUGUGUGUGUGUGUGUGUGUGUGUCCGAUUGUUGUGUUUAAGCAAGCGGGCGCUGAUCUGUGAAGUCUAGCACCCUUUGUAGCCCUCCUGAGCAAGCUUUGGUCCCAGUUCCCAGACCAAGCAGAGUCAGACUCAAAAUGAGGAUUAAGACUAAAACCAAAUCCAGACUACGGAUUUGUGAAAGUCUGAAGAGGAGGUCAUUUAGCUGUUACUCUUAUCUAGAACAACUCUCAGAGUACUAUGUAACAGAUUAAUCAUAAGACUCUCUGUUAGAACUCACAGAGUACUACAUAGGCUAACAGAUUAAUCUUGAGCCUCUCUGUUAGAACUCACAGAGUACUACAUAGGCUAACAGAUUCAUCUUGAGCCUCUCUGUUAGAACUCAGAGUACUACUGUACGUUACAGAUUAAUCUUAAACCUCUCUGUUUGAACUCACAGAGUACUACUUAACAGAGGAGUCUUGAACCACUCUGUUAGAACUCACAGAGUACUACAUAACAGGAGUCUUGAGCCUCUCUGUUAGAACUCACAGAGUGCUACAUAACAAAGGAGUCUUGAGCCUCUCUGUUAGAACUAAGGACUUGUGUCAGAAAUAGGAGUCCUCGUGUAGACUAAGUUUCAGGUCCUACGUUUAGGCCUACUUUUCUUUUUUCAGGACAAAGAGAAAUGAGACUGAGCACCUAAGAUGCGUCAGCUCAGAGUGCAUUAUCAGUAGCAGGACUAAGUGUCCAUGUUGGAGAGAGUCCUCCUAUCAGGCAUAAGGGGCUGAAGAAGACGGGUUGGGUCAUGUAGGUAAGCAGCCACUUAGGGCUCCAUAAUAAAAGCAUACGUUAUAGUAGUAUAGCUCAUAAACAAACAAACAAACAAACAAACAAAUAAAUAGAAUUAUAUGUUUAUGGUUUCCCUGAAACCAAACAUAAACAUUCUGAAUGUAAAUUGACGCACCCAAGGCACGACGAAUCAAACAAACAAAAAAAACGUUAUCCCCCCAGUGCCCCAUUUUGGUUGUAUUUUUUUUUUACAUAUAUUUUCUCUUUUUUUAAAAUAUGAAUAUAAAUACAUAUAUUUGUUGUAUAUUAUGUGAUACCUUCUGGUGCAAGUGAGAAUAAAAUGUAAUAUAUGCAUAUUGGGUUGUGAGCAUCUGAAUAUGUGGGUGCACACGUGUGGACAGACUCAUAUAUAUCUUUAUAGAUCGUAUUUAUAUAGGAUAUUACACAUAUAAAACACACACAUAUUAUAUAUAUAUAUAUAUAUAUAUACAGUAUAUAUAUAUAUAUAUAGAACCUAUAUAUCUGUAAAUGUAUGAUGUUUCUAUGCUAUCCAUGUCUCACUGUUUUUAACACUAUCCUGUCAGUCUUUCUCAUGUUUCUCUCUUUCUCUCUCUCUCUCCCCCCCUCUUAAUCACUCCUUUUGUCAUCUUUCCAUCACUUUUUCUCUGAUGUGUACUUCUAUAUCGGUGCGUGGUGUCUGGAAGUAAAGGGGUAGAGUCCUCUCAAGUGCCGCUUUCUUAUAGCCUGCCGUCAACCCAGCUCCCAUUUGCUACCAGUCAGUCAGUUGUGAUUAAAAACUCAGAAAUGUAUUUAUCAACAGGAAAAAAAAAAAAAAGAAUAAAGCUGAUCAUAGUGGAGAUCAUUUUACAGCAGUUAAUGAAAUAAUAACACCUCUCGUCAUCAUGAUUGAUGUCCAGGUCAGUGUAAUAGCUACUCUAGACACAAGUUACAGGCGCCUCUACCAGGCCGUAUGGGAGAUGUGAUAUGUGAUAUGUGAUACAUAACUCACAUGUUGCCCAACUCACAAGUCAAGACCACAAGGGCUUAUGAUAUACACUCAGACGCCUCUGCACCGCUGCAUGUUGAACGCAGCCAUUCGAGGCGGAGCUAGAUUUUUAGAACUACAGUAGGUAGAAUGUCAAUCUCUCACCUGAGAGACCUUAUAGCCAACACAGCUCAUUUGACCUUUUGAACUCCACACGGACAGAAAGUGUCUAGUCAGCCCUCUCAGGGAGAUUGGCUGGACCCACUUUUGUUGAAGUGUCCUUCGGUACUACUGCGUUCUCUCUGCGUAACUGAAUGAUAAGUAACGUUACAGUGCAUUUCUCAUAAUAAAGUAUGGUAUUUUCAGGAUUGCACUAAUUGUUUUGAGGAAUGCACUAACUGUUGUGCAAAUGUGCAUUAUGAAAUGCAUUAAAGCAACUGAGAAAGAUUUGCGUUUUUUUGGUUUCGUGUUACGGUUUGGAAACAUGAGAAGUGCACGUGAUUACUUAUGACUUAUUUAUGUAGAUGCUAACGAGGAUACUGGAUGUGAAGUGGCAGCCACAGGCCUUUUAAAGAUCUUUUUUGUUAGGAAAGCGUGCCAGGUCAAGAAGAAACAGACCCCAAUUGUCUGUUCAGCCUUAGCCAUACUUUUUUCUAGCGAUUAAAACAAAAACAAACAACCGUUCAGAACAAACUGUCUGGAUGUUGGACAGCCUCCCAGGUUGUUUGGCUAUCUUGGUUCUGUCUGCUGAAAGGUUAGCAUGCUAGAAGCAGUGGACAGGUUAAGAGGCUUCCUCGUCUCUGUGGCUUUUGGCACCGUAUCGCCCUCUUGUGGCCAAGCUGCAGGACUAUUCUUUCACCUCAUUCACUACUCCUGCCUUUUCUGUCUUUCUCUCUGUCUCUCUUUCUCUCUCUCACACACACACACACACACACACACUUUCAUUCUCUUUGUUCAUUAUUAGAGUUCCACGUCUCUUUGUACAAAAUCUUUGAACACUAGUAGCAGUCCGAAUAAAAAGGGAUGGGAUUUAAAAAGGAAAAAAAAAAUAUGGGAAUAUUUUUGCAGAUGAACUGUUCUUGUUAUUUAUUCGCUAUGUCCCGAAGUGAAGCAGAAGACUGUUGGUCACAGAGUUAGCUAAUCUUCUUUUCUCUCUCUCUCUCUUUCUCUCUUUGUCUCUCUCCCUCUCUCUCUUCGGUUGGUUUUCCUCUUUGUUCAACUGUUCUCCCUCCUCUGUUUAACCCCUCGCUUUCCCCAGCUCUCCUCGGCGUUUAGCAGUGGUUUUGUAUGUGAGUCAGUAAGUACUGUUAGACUGUCUCUGAGCCUCUGUGAUAUCAAAAUGAAAGAGAAAAAAAUUAAAAAUAAAAAAACACACACUUAUAAAAAAAACACCAAGUGUCUUAAAAUAUUGUAUCGCCAUUGUUUUUAAUGCCAAGUACUACAGUACUACUUGUAAAUGUUUGUGUUUCAAAAUGUGGCCUCAAACAAAAACUGAUAUAUCAUUCUGAUUAUUAUUUGAACAUUUAUUUUGUUAAGUGCUGUUGACCACUGCUGUGAAAGUAGUUCAUUUUUGUUGAUUGUUAUGGAAUAAAUAUUUAUGAAAUUU